AUGACGGACCAAUAUCUGCAAGAGCAGCAUGCCCUUACCAUUGCCCGCACCGUCCAGAGAGAACGCCAGCUCGCUCAGGCCCGUUUAGAUUCUGACCAUGGCGACAGUUGGGUCAUGAUCACCCAAGCUGGUGAAAUCAACCCUUUGCCUCACGAACACAUCAGACACAGGUCCAACGCCAAGGUCAGCCUCGAACUGUCGGUCCCCAAGUCGCUACAGCAAGGGAGGACGCCGUUUACACGCAAGAGUGAUAAUGGCACAGCAUACAUCACAACACAACGGGUCAUAUACAUUCCUGCAAAAUCAACCCCCGAGUUCAAAUCGUUUCAUGCGCCCAUUUUGAACUGCGCCGACUCGUACGUGGGCUCACCAUUCUUCGGCGCAUGGUUUUGGUCCGCCACUGUCGUACCGGUUGCUGGAGGCGGCGUGCCUGCCGACAUACCAAGGGUUGAGGUGAAGCUAAGUUUCAAGGAAGGCGGCCACAGCGAGUUCAGGCAGCGGUUCGAGGAGUUGAAGGAACGACUCGAGCACGUCAGACGUCUACAGCAGGAGACGGGACAGUCGGUCAACAUCCCGGACGAGCCGCUGCCGGCUUACGAGGCGACUGAAGGCGGAGGAGCUCCUAGCAGUGCUUCUUCACAACCACAACCACAGCAACAGCAACAGCAAAACCAACAGGAACAGGAGCAAUCGGUCGGCCAGACGGUCAGCUCCGGCAGCCAAACCCAGCGCCCAGACGAGCCGCCACCGGAUUACGAAGAGGCGCAAGCCCAGACGCUCAGCAUGCGGCUCGAAGACCACGUUCGCGAGGAGUCUGACAGAGCAUAG